AUGCUCCUCAAGUUCUCGCUGUUGGGCCUCUUCGUCACGUCCGUCAUCGCUGACGGUGCUGCCAUCGUGGCCGCCAUGGAUGAGAUCGCUGCGCAAAACACAUUGCUAGGCGACACCGUUGCCGCCUGGGACGGUGGCCUCUUUGGCACGCUCCCCAUCAUCGUCGACUCAACCAAGCUGCUCAUCAAGAUCAACGAGGCGACCAAGGUCGCCGAGGAGUCGGAGCCCCUGAACCUCAUCGAGGCCAUCACCGUCGCGCAAUCGACGCAGAAGCUCGCAGGUGGAGUCGACACAACGCUUGGCAACGUCGUUGACGCGAAGCCCAAGUUCGACAAGCUUCUGCUCAGCCCCAUUAUCCUCCUCAACCUCAAGCUCGAGAAGGACGCAACCGACAAGUUCAGUGCAGCUGUUAUUGAGAAGGUCCCCGAAUCGCUGCAAGCUGUGGCCAAGAAUUUGGUUGCACAGAUCGACACGGCAUUCGACAAUGCUAUUGAUGCGUAUCAUUGA